ACCACCGGUUAGCGAACAAAAAACGUCAGGAACGUUCAUUAAAAACCAGUUCCAGAAUGGCGUACAUCGUCAGUUAGAUUUUAAGCACGGAUGGGAUCAAACGGCGCUUCGCAGAUCUGAGCAGCGUGCGAAAGGCAUUUUGAACGAGAUCGAGACGUUUGUUAUCGGAUCCAGUGUGUCGUUAGUAGCUCGCGAUAGGAAAGUCCGCAGCAUGAAGCUGCGAAGAUGUUUUUUAAUUGCCGGUAGCGUACUCGUCUGCCUUCCUACAACAGUAGUGCUCGGUCAAAAAGUUAAACAGUGCAGUGCGCCGGAGAAAUGUAUAGCGUUGAAGGAAUGUCCCGAGUUCACAAAUUACGUGGGUACAUCGCAUAAAACAUGGCCGCAGAACGUACUCAAUGGUGUACUAUCGCGGUUCUGUGGAUCAGAGGACCGAGGAUCUGGCAAGAUCCAUAAGGUGUGCUGCCCAGUAGCUGGGAGGUCUGAUCCCAACGCUGGAAAUCCCAAAAAAGGAGUUGCCCUACUGGACUUGAAGCAAUGUGGCAAACAAAGCAAACCACGUAUUGCCAACGGCAAGAUCGCCGAAAUUUUCGAUUUCCCUUGGAUGGCACUACUUAGGGGCAUCGAGGAGAAGUUCCACUGCGGUGGAAGUCUCAUUGCGGAACGGUACGUUCUCACGGCAGCUCAUUGCAACUUUAUCAAAGUAUGGUAUGUGCGUCUUGGCGAAACGGAUCUUUCCAAAAAAGAAGACUGCAAAGUUUAUCCGGAUGGAGAAAAAGAAUGCGCUGAUCCUCCUCAGGAUAUUCCCGUCGAAAGAUUUAUAAGGCACAAAUACAGUGCUAGUCGGAAGAAGAAUGACAUUGCUCUAGUCAAGUUGGAAAGGCCUGCCCAGUUGAACGAUAAUGUACGCACCAUUUGUCUUCCGCUGCCAGAGGUUUCAAGGGAUAAACUUCCAAAAAGCAUGUCAAUCUCUGGAUGGGGUUAUACCGAAACCAAAAAUGACGUAUCUGAGCAAUUGCGGUAUGCUUAUAUACCGAUCGUGGAUCUCAACCGAUGCAACGACACGUUGAAGCGAUUGAAAACGCCCUGGUCGGUGGACAACAGCCAGGUGUGUGCUGGAGCCGGUGACGAUAAGGCGGACAACUGCCACGGUGACAGCGGAGGACCACUGCAGUAUUUUGGAAAACGUGGAUAUGUGAUAUACGGAGUUGUUUCAUACGGGGUAGCAACCUGCGGUACGGAAACCGAGCCUGGAGUUUAUACCAAAGUAUCACAUUACUUGAGUUGGAUUAUUGAUAAUUUAGUAUAGGUGAUUAUUUAAAUCUACAAAGAAGAAACACUUGUCUCUAGAGUAUAAUAUCACACUUUCAUUUUUUACGUGUUGAAGAUCUUCACUGUGAAACAUCAGCAACCAGCUGUUAACGUAGCGUAUCUAUUCAUGGAGGAUCUCCGAUCACAUUUGCACGCAAAGGCGUAGUCUUGCC